AUGGCGCUCGCUCCAUCGAUUGGCGACCUCGUCACUCUCGGCACCAUCAUCGCAUCCAUUGUCAAAGCUGUGAAUGAGACAUCCGGCGCAUCCGCCGAAUACCAGGAGCUCGUCACAGAGCUCACCGCAUUCUGCGAUAUGCUCUAUGUCGUGAGAGGCACGCUCGACACUAUUUCUGUCUCCCCCAUCAAUCAAGCGGCAUUGAACUCCAUACACGGCGAGAUCCUACGAUGUCAGUCGCUUGUCACUGCGUUUGUGGACACAAUCCGGCCGUAUCAUCGGGCACUGAACGCAGCGGGAGGCACAAAUCGACGGAGGCACUCAAUGCGAGUGAUCUUUCGCAAGGUCUGGUGGGCGCUCUUCCGGAAGGAAGACGUAACGAAGAUCCAGGCGAAGAUGAACGGGCAUCGUCUGCAGCUUUCGGUGCUACUCAAAAGUCUUUCCUUUGCUACUCAGAUCGUCGCUUCGACCCAUCUCACAACGCAUGUCGGCUACAGCCGUCAACACGGUCUCGAGAUCGUUGACUUCAUGAAUAAGACCCUCAUCAUUCCUUGGGAACUGUGUUUUUCCUGGGAUAAAAUGCGUCUCACACUUCAGUCUUACUACCAACACACGCCCGGUCAAAUCCAGGCCGAGUGGGGUGAUUAUACGUUGUUCUGCGAGGAUCUUGCAGGCCUACAGGUUGACAUUUACCGUAAUUUUAAACAUGUCCGGAAGGGGAUGAAGCUAACUAUGGCGGCCCUUACCUGGAGGCGAGUUCCCGAGGGUAGAUUAUCCACGUAUAAGUGCACUCGAUGCCCUCUCAGCGUCUCGGUUGAGCACAUUUCCGAAUCGGGAUGGGUCGAAUGGCAAGUGCUUGAUUCAAUGUCCCCGGACAGCAGGGCUCAUUCGGGAUACUUAGCCCCGGGUGUGGUCGAAAGACGCAACUAA